CUUUGAAGUUGAACACGUGUGAUGAGAUAUUAUCAGUUAUUUUGGUCCUUUCCGAGUAGCAUUACUGGAUUGCUAGUUGCUUCAUUUUCCUUAAAAACUCCCAACAACAUGUUAGCCAAUACCAGCCUCAUCUCCUCUAACUUUACUUCCUUACUACUUCCAAGAAAUCAUAAACUUACCACUAAAAUUCCAUUUCCAAACAGUGCCAAAAUCAAGAAUCCCAAGACCCAAUUUUUCAAGAACUCAAUCUACACUUGCAACUACGUAAACACCAAAAUCUCAGGAUUUGGGCAAAAGGGUAGUCCGUAUAUAUGUCAUAGUUCACUAAACUUUCAAAAUCAAGAAGAACCAGAUAUGAAAAAAGAUGUAGACGAUUCUUUACAGGAGAAAGAGCUAGGAGGUGGAAAUAAUAAUGGAGACCAAUGGGAUAGGACAACAUCGUUUGUGCUGUUUGGGUUGUGGUCUGGACUGAUGUAUUAUGUUUUCUUCCUUGCUCCUAAUCAGACCCCGUUAACAGAUAUGUAUUUCUUAAAGAAGCUCCUUAAUUUGAAAGGAGAUGAUGGCUUCCAAAUGAAUCAAGUGUUAGUGGGACUUUGGUACAUCAUGGGUUUGUGGCCAUUAGUUUACAGUAUGCUGCUCCUUCCUACCGCUAGAAGUUCAAAAGGCAGCAUUCCUGUCUGGCCUUUUCUUGUACUUUCAUGCUUUGGUGGUGCAUAUGCUCUCAUUCCUUAUUUUGCUCUUUGGAAACCACCACCUCCGCCAGUUGAAGAAACUGAGCUUCAAAAGUGGCCUUUGAAUCUGUUAGAAUCAAAGUUAACUGCAGGGAUCACAAUGGCUGCAGGGCUAGGGAUAAUAUCCUAUGCAGGUUUAUCAGAUGGAGAUGUCUGGAAGGAAUUUUACCAAUACUUCAGUCAAAGCAGAUUCAUCCAUGCGACGUCAAUUGAUUUCAGUUUACUAUCAGCAUUUGCACCCUUCUGGAUUUACAAUGACAUGACUGCUCGAAAGUGGUAUGACAAAGGAUCUUGGCUUCUUCCGCUAUCGGUGAUUCCUUUUUUGGGUCCAGCCCUAUACCUUCUCCUACGCCCAUCUGUUCCGACAGUACCAGUAUUAUCAAGCCCAACUUCGACUGAAGGAAAAUGAUACAAAUCUCUUACACCAGGAUUUUAAUUGCGUGGUACAUUGAGCAAAACAUAUCUAAACAAGUUGUGCAGAAACUCUUCUCUGCUGUCUGUAAUGUAACAUUUUCAGAGCACAAGCAACAACAAACUGUUUUUCGGGUUAUCGGCUACUCGAUGGAGCAUAGUUCUGAAGUUGAACUGAAGAACGUUUGUGCUACAAAUUCCAAAACGCGUUGCUCUGUCUUCUUCCUAAUUUUUUAUACAGCCCUUGUUUUAUGUAAACUUUCACACGAUGUAUUCUUAAGAUGGUAAUUUCCAAUUUCAAGUGUA